AUGGCGCCAGAAACACCGAGAGCAGUCUCUUCGAGAUUGCUCACCAUGAAAUUCAUGCAACGAGCCGUGGCCUCGGAGAACUCAUCUCCCGCUUCAGAAACACAUUCAUCCAAGAAGAGAAAAACGGAUCACUCGUCACCGGCGGGUCGCCUCGAUCUGAACAUCGAUCAGGCUGCGAUUCAGGCCGCGCUAGAUGCCCAAGAAACAAAACGUCAAGAGGCUCUGGAGAAACAUGUCGGUGCUGAUACACGUUGGGUGCUGAAUAACUCAUUCGCUGGGUCAAAAGCUACCAGCCAAGCAAAAACACCCAUGAAUGUCGUUUAUGUUGGUUAUGGUGACAUUGACUCUUCUAACGAUUCAGGCGACAAUGAAGAUGCGUUGACUGCGGGGCGUACCUCGACAAAUAGCUCCAAAAAGGCGAACAACCAGGCACGUCGAUUACCUUGGCCAAAUACAAGAACUUGCACAGCUGACUAG